CUCUCUCUCUCUUUCUAUUCGCACUCUCUCCCAGACGUCCCAGUCCGCACCACUUUCUUCACAGCUUCUCUCUCUCAUCCACUACAUUUGAAAUGUUUAUCUCUCUCUAUCUCUCUCUAUACUUCAAUAUCAAUUGCAUGAUGAAAGGAUUAUCAUUGUUCUCCAUCGUCUUCUCCGCCUAAUUCCCCAUCUUCUUGCCCUGCAAAAUUUCCCAAAACCUAGUCUAACGCAGCAAAGAUCCUCGAAAACGUUGAUGGCUCUGGUGAAGAAAUCCGAAGAGUCCAGAUUUUAUGUUGUCGCCCUCCUCUUCUACGCUGCCGAUAACCACGGCGACGUGGCGGAUCGAAUCCGAAAGGUUGCGGAUGAGGACCCAAUCCACCACAAGAUCUUCGUCCAUGGUCUCGGAUGGGACACCAACGCCGAAACCCUAACUGGUGUGUUUAAGGAAUUGCUCAUUUUGAUGGGUCUGAGCGUGGAUUGCAAAGAGAGACGCAGAUCUUGGCAGUUGCGACGACGGAGCCUUGGCGAUAUUAUCGAUAAUAUCGCGAUAUAUUGACGAUAAUUAAAUGGAUAAGUGUGAAAACAUCGCCCUCUUUAAAAAAUGAUAUUAUCGGCGAUAUUUUAGACCUUGCUUGUAAGCCAUUUAUCCAAGUUUCCUUGAAAGCGCUUGUUACUUGUUUGAUGUUUAUAUAUAGAGUAAUGUUAUUUUACCACAAUUUUAUACCACA